AUGGCGCUGAACAAGGACAGCCCGAGCGUGGCCAUCGACAUGCUGCUGAUCGUGCAGCCGGAGCCGCGGCGCGCCGAGCCGCCGGCCGAGCCGGGCGCGCUGCAGCCGCGCCCCGCAGGAUUCCAGAGUGUCACCAGUGAAAUCCGGAGAUGGCAGAGAUUGGAAGGAAAUGACCCACAUGGCACGCAGGUGACCGUGGAGAUCCACUCUCGGGACACCGUGCCCCAGUUGCUGCAGAAGUUCUCCUUGGCCAAAUGUUUACACAGUGACAAAAACGGAAACACAAGGCCCCGGCAGCCUGGAACGAAAGACGCUGUGGCGUACCCCUGGGACCGGUCCAGCCUGAAAUCCCUGACACUAGACCUGCAGCAGUUUGAGAAACUGGACGCCUACGCGUCCCAGGUGACCGUCAAGAGUGGCCUGAACGAACUGGUGAGUGACCUGCUCCAGGAGGCCCACAGUGACCUGGAGCGGGUGCGAGCCAUCUGGAUCUGGAUCUGCCACCAUAUUGAGUACGACAUCGAGGCUGCCCAGGACAAGAAUUGCCAGGUCUUCAAGCCCACCGAGAUCCUGCGCACCCAGAAGGCCAACUGUGACGGCUAUUCCGGGCUCUUUGAGAAAAUGUGCAGGAUUGCCGGAGUGCAGUGUCUCACCGUGCCCGGCUACUCCAAGGGCUUCGGCUACCAGAUGGGCCAGAGCUUCUCGGGGGAGUUUGACCACGCCUGGAAUGCCGUGUUCCUGGACGGCCGCUGGCACCUGCUGGACAGCACCUGGGGCAGCGGCCUGGUGGAUGCUACCACCUCCAAGUUCACUUUCCUGUACAACGAGUUCUACUUCCUCACCCACCCGGCGCUCUUCAUCGAGGACCACUUCCCUGACAACAAGAACUGGCAGCUGCUCAAGCCCCCGCAGUCGCUGCACCAGUUUGAAAACAACAUGUACCACAAGAGCGAGUUCUACAACAAGGGGCUGCUCAGCGCCCACCCGAAUGUCCCGGUGAUCAGAACAGUGAACGGGAAGGUCACCAUCACCGUGGAGAGCCGCGCGCCCACGCCCUUCAUGUUCAUGCUGAACGGCAAGCAGGAGCACGGGCUGCUGAGCCUGCGCAAGAACGGGAUGAAGCUGGACGUGUACCCCCCGACCCUGGGCACCCACAAGCUGCAGAUCUUCGCCAAGGGCCGCUCCGACGUGUACAGCUCGGUGCUCGAGUACACGCUGCAGUGCAACUACGUGGACGCGGGCGUGCGGCUGCCGGCCGAGCUGCACCAGCCCGUGGGCCCCAGCUGGCUGUCGGAGCAGCUGGGCAUCGCCAAGCCCUCGCACCGCGACCCGGUCAUCCACACGCGCGACGGCCGCUGCGCCGUCAGCUUCGGCGUGGACGAGGGCCUCAGCGUGCUGGCGUCCCUGCACGGCGACGACGGGCCGGGCACCGAGGAGACGCAGCGGCGCUACAUCUUCCAGCUGCGUCGCGAGCAGCGCACCGAGCUCCGCGUGCAGCUGCCGCACGCCGGCAAGUUCGCGCUCAAGAUCUUCGUCAAGAGGCGGCAGGACGCGGGCAACUACGCCUUCGUCUUCAACUACCUCGUGUGCUGCAGCAACAGCCAGGUCCGCUGGCCCGUGUUCCCCGAGAGCUUCGGCAACUGGGGCCCCGGCAACGAGCUGCUGGAGCCGCUGUCCGGCGUGCUCCCCGCCAACCGCAGCGUGCCCUUCAAGCUGAAGCUGCACGGGGUGGCCAAGGCCCUGGUGAAGGGGCAGGACACGUGGCCCCUGACCCUGAACAGCGACGGCUACUGGGAGGGCAGCUACAGCACGGCCGGCUGCCGGGAGGUGUACGUGAUGGUGCUGGAGAACGCCAACCACAGCUUCUACUCCUACAUCCUCAAGUACCAGGUGGGCGCCCAGUGACGGCGCCCCGGCCCCGCCGCGCUGCCCCUGCCCGGCGCCCAGCAGGGCUUUCCUCCAGCCGGCCGGCGCCCAGGGCCAGAGGCAAAGGCCCUGCGGAAAGAAAAAGGUGCUAUGUAAACCCGCGGUAUUGUGAACGCGGCCCCGCCCGGUGCCCCUUCUCGGCUCAGAGCUUCGUUGUCGAGGAUCCAGGGGGAAACGGGCUGGACGCGGUGUCCAGGGGAGGGGGCAGGAGCCCAGGAGCCCCU